AUGGCAAGCCAACCGCCCCCGAAGGCUUAUGCCUUCGAUGUUGUGGUCCCUGAGGGGAAAAGUCCAGAAGACGUCGUCGACGCGACGGUUUCGAUAGUAUCCUUGGAGGAAGUUUAUUGCGUCCAACACUUCGGCGGACGCAACUAUCAAGUCACCCUGAAGAGCGAAGCCGCCAUGGCUAAAAUUGUCGACGCUGCCAGCCUCGUCAUCGGGGAUGAACGCGUCUCCAUCGUUCCCCUGAGCCCGCAAGUCACGCAAGUGACUGUCAUGUUUCUACCAUGCCGCGUUUCCAGCGAAACGCUGGCUCAAGCGCUGUCGCCGUACGGCAAAGUACUACACAUCAACCGAGGUGUUAUGGGCUCGCGUCCCACUGUCACCAAUGGAACGCGCUACGUCCGUAUUGAGAUGAAGCCCGGCUCACCAGUCCCCAACUACCUGAAAGUGGCAGGCCACCGCGUCGCCUGCGACUACAAAGGUAUGCAGCGCGUCUGUCGGCGUUGUGGGUCUUCGGGCCAUUUCCGUGUGCAGUGCACGGCGCCCUUCUGCGCAAGGUGCGGCAUCUAUGGCCAUAUCGGUAAGGGCUGCAUUUUACCGUGUCGCCGCUGCGGGGAUCCACAUGCAACAGUCGCCUGCUCCCUGCGGCGAACCUACUCGGAGGCGGCGUCGAUGAACUUCCCGCCGCUCCAGUCGAGUACUCACGCACCUGAUCCACCGACUAAUUCGCCAGCCGCGUUGAUUCCCGCCCAGGAAGAUGCGCUACAAGCGGCACCAGCUGAAACGCCGACAACGUCCUCCGCGAGCCCCGAACCGGAGAACUGCGAGAGCAUUCCGGAGCCGGUCAUACCUCUGUGCUCCCAGGAGAUAGCCGGAGAACACCGAGUCGAACCCCUAACUUCGCGAGCACCCACAGAGGACAACGCUCCAGAGGCUGUGUUGUCGCCUUGUCUGUCAGUAGACUCGGCGGCGUGCAGCCUUGUGAUCGAUGAGAUGCCUGGUGAGGAUGACGACACGGCGUCUCUGGACGACGCAUCUACCAGUUCCUCGAGUGCGUCGUCGUCUACAAGAAUUGAAGACGACGGUACUGCUAGUGACGUGAACGGCAGCAGCCCGGACAUUUUCGUGCCACCCUCCCUCCGCACCACUGGCACGAAAAGGCACCGCGGCUCAACCACCGACUCGGACAUUUCGUCGCCUGACAGGAGCCCAUUGAGGGCUUCCUCUCUACCCCGGAAGCCUCGCGCUUCUGCCGGUGUGCAAAGCAGGGCGAACUCGUUUUUUUGGGCGGGUGGCACUGAGCUUUUGGCACGACCGGCGUUAGCCCAGCCCCGUGAUCGCGGCGGCUUAUCCUUCCCGAAUGUUUCAGUAACAGCCUCCGUACUAUUACUGCGGACUUUAUUGCGGACCCUGGCCAAUGAUGGCUCCCCCGCGCAGACCCUUGCAAGGUACUUCCUUGGCACCUCACUGCGGGUUUUUCUGCCUACGAGCCCCGUGAAUCGUGGACCGCAGUCGGCGGAAGCUCCUGCAGUGUACAGGACAAGCGUAGCCUUCCGCAGGCACCUGUCAGCCACGUGUCCGGACGUCGACCCCUGCUCUGACAGGGUUGUAGAAAUAAUGGGCGCUGUCCUUAUUCUCUUGGUGCCCCCUGACCGAAGUCCCAUAGCGCAUCGUCUUCAGUGGAAGCGCAUUGCCACGGCUACGCUGCCUGGCCACCUUCGCGAUUUUAUUUGGAAACUCGGCUGGGGACUGCUCCCAACCCGGGAUAGGUUAGAACGCUGGGGCGUGGUGCGUGUCUCCACAUGUCCAAACUGCACGUCGGUGGAGACAAACAGACACGCAACAUUCGAGUGCGUUGUCGCACGCGUAUUUUGGCGCGCCGUCCAUGCGGGGUUUCGAGGCCAGGGCGUCCGGGAUUUUGUAUCGAGUGGAAGGUUUCCGCGCGGGCGUUUCGCCGGCCUUCUUCUCGUGGCAGCCCUGUUCAGUCUUUGGCGAAACCGCUGUGAAGCUGUGGCAGGAAACUGUCGCCGAAGAGCACUGUGGCCUAUAAUGGGCCGCUUGAGGCGAGAGGUGCUCGCUUUCCUCGCGGACGAACUGUUCUUCCUCGGGGAACGGGAGUUUCUCCGCCACUGGUCGUGCCCGUUUGUUUAUGUUCGAAACGACCGAGUACAGCUAGUCUUCCUAUCUGUUCUUUUCGGCACCUGGGACCUUCCUUGGUCCCAAGUGUGCCCGCUCGAGCGUCGACAAGUCCUGCUCCCUGGACCUGGACCGGACCCUGGACCUGCCUGGCUCGGUUUUGCACCACCUCCGGGACCUGGCCGAGGACCAUUCCUGCACUGUCUUCGGGACUGCCCACUUGGACCCGGACCCGGCUCGCAGUUGCACCACCUCCAGGACCGGCCCUCCUGGAUCGCGCCCUGGCCCCAGGCGGCACUACGUCCAGGACCGGCCCACUUGGAUCUGGCCCUGGCUCACGGGAGCACCAUCUCCAGGUUCGUCCCGCGUGAGCUGUCCCUGGGCUCCACUGGUCUGGAGCCGGUCUUCCUUGGGUUGCUGCUGGGACACCAUCAGCGACCCGGCGGACAACUGAUGAUCCCGGCACCUGCAAGGACCUCUUCGCGGCCACCUGCAAGCACCGGGGACUACCGAGGCACCAGCAGCUCCUGCUGA